CGGGCGCCGUAGCGGCUGUAGCAGCGAUCCGGGUCCGGGCUGAGCAUGGCCGCUGCCUGGGGGAGCUGGGAGGAGGAGGUGGAGGCCGAUGUCAGUGGGGAAGAGGAGGAGAACAUCCUCUACGACCUGCUCAUCAACACCGAGUGGCCGCCGGAAACCGAGGUGCAGCCAAGAGGCAACAAAAAACAUGGUGCAUCCUUUAUCAUCACUAGAGCAAUUACAGGUCCUGCAUUAUUUUUGCUUCAGUAUAUCUGGUACAGUCCUGCAAAGUUUUCCCUCCCUGCUGGGCUUGUUCGUCUGGUUAGUAAGCAGAUCAACUGGCAUCUAGUGCUUUCAAGUAAUGGUAAACUGUUGGCAGUUGUUCAGGACCAAUGUGUAGAGAUCAGGUCUGCAAAAGAUGACUUUGGAUCCAUUGUUGGAAAAUGUCAAGUGCCGAGAGAUCCUAACACACAGUGGAGACGAGUGGCAUGGAGUCAUGACUGCACACUGCUUGCCUAUGCUGAAAGCACUGGAACUGUGAGAGUAUUUGACCUGAUGGGCAGUGAGCUCUUUGUCAUUUCUCCGGCAACCAGUUUUCCAGGAGAUUUGAGCUACGCAAUUGCUGGAUUGAUCUUUCUAGAAUAUAAAGCAAGUGCCCAAUGGUCAGCUGAACUGCUAGUCAUCAAUUAUCGUGGAGAACUGAAAAGUUACCUUGUAAGUGUUGGAACAAACCAAAGUUUCCAAGAGAGUCAUAGUUUCAACUUCAGCAGCCAUUAUGCCCAUGGAAUAACUACAGUGGUUUAUCAUCUUGGGCACAGGCUUUUGCUUGUGGGUGGCUGUGAAACAGAUGAAGAUGGAGUAUCUAAAGCAACUAGUCGUGGAAUAUCUGCUUGGAGAGUUCUUUCCGGAUUCCCCCAUUAUAAACAAGUCACUAGUUAUGAAGAUGAUACUGGGACAGCAAAGAGAAGUGGAUUAUUAAGGAUUAUGAAUUUCAGAUUUUACAGCAAACAAAGAACAGAACAGGAUGGAGUUUUCAAGAUGAGCCUUUCUCCAGAUGGAACUCUUCUGGCAGCUAUCCACUUCUCAGGAAAACUGACCAUCUGGGGAAUCCCAUCUCUCAAACAACAAGGAGAAUGGGAUCAAAGCGACCAGCCAGGUUAUGAUGAGAUCAAUCCAGAUUGGAGGCUUUCUACUGAAAAAAGGAAGAAAAUAAAAGAUAAAGAAUCCUAUUACUCGCUAAUGGAUGUAAAUUGGUGGGCAGAAAAUGCUGUGAUCUUGGCUCGCUACUCUGGAGCUUUGACUGUGUCAUCUGUGAAAACAUUAAAAAACUUACUGGGGAAAUCAUGUGAAUGGUUUGAAAAUUCCCCUCAGGUCACUUCUACUCAUGAUGGAGGAUUUCUAAGCCUGGAGUGCGAGAUAAAACUGGCUCCAAAGAGAUUACGCUUGGAGAGCAGGCCUGGUGAAGAAGAUGAAGGAGAAGAUGACUCUGACUCAGAUGAUGUAACUUCUGCCAAGGCCAGAUAUUUCAGUUACCUAAAGCAAGGCCUGUAUUUUGUGACAGAAAUGGAGCGAUUUGCUCCUCCACGGAAACGUUCACGCACUAUUACAAAGAAUUACCGCCUUGUGAGUUUAAGAUCUACAACCCCAGAGGAGCUUUACCAGAGAAAGAUUGAUAAUGAAGAAUAUGGUGAAGCUUUAUCUUUGGCUCAAGCAUAUGGUCUAGAUUCUGAUCUUGUAUAUCAAAGACAGUGGAGGAAAUCAACUGUUAACAUUGCUUCUAUUCAAGACUACCUGAGUAAAAUUAAGAAGCGGUCCUGGGUUCUUCAUGAAUGCCUGGAAAGAGUUCCUGAGAAUGUGGAUGCUGCCAAAGAGUUGCUGCAGUAUGGUUUAAAGGGCACAGACUUGGAGGCUCUCAUAGCUAUUGGAAAAGGAGAAGAUGGUGGCAGAUUUAUCUUACCAGGAGAGGUGGACAUUGAUGAAGUCCCCUAUGAAGAAUUUUUGUCACCUGAUGAAGAAGCAGAAAAUAGAAAGGAAAGGGAGGCUAAGAAGCAUCAAGAACUGCUUCUAUCAGUGAACUUCUCAAAACUAACACUGGAACAAAAGGAACUUUGUCGAAGCAGGCUGAAAUUAUUAAAUUAUUUAGAUAGACUUGCAACUUAUGAGGAAAUCCUUGGAGGGCCUCAUGCAGCUGAGCAGAGAUAUGAUGCCGAAUUCUUUAAGAAGUUCCGAAAUCAGAAUAUUGUACUUUCAGCAAGAACUUAUGCUCGGGAAAGCAAUGUGAGAGCCCUAGAGAUCUUGUUUACGUACCAUGGUUCAGACCUGCUUCCACAUCGGCUGGCAAUUCUCUCUAAUUUUCCAGAGACCACUUCACCACAUGAGUAUUCCUUUUUGCUGCCUGAAGCUUGUUGUAGGCAGGAUGUGUUGAUGAUUCUUCCCUGGAAUGAACAGAAGCAUCGGGAAGAAGACUGGUGUGAAAACGCACAGUGCAAAAUAUUUGAACCAGUUCUUCAAGAUGAAGAUGAAUUCUUGUAUGAAGCACAACCUGAGUUAUUAAAGUACAGAACUACUAAGCUUUCGAUAGACCUGGUUUCUGACUGGUACUGGAAUAGGGCACAGGAGAUUGAGAACUAUGCUAUGCAGGUGGACUGUGCUCUGUCCCUGGUUCGACUUGGCAUGGAGAGGAACAUUCCUGGUCUGCAGGUGCUUUGUGAUAACCUGGUUACUCUGGAGAUGCUGAUUUAUGAGACUGGGUGUGAUCUAACCCUAACCUUGAAAGAUCUGCAGGAGAUGAAAGAUAGUGAAAAACUAAGACUGUUAAUGAUGAAUUCUUCUGAUGAAAGAUAUGUGAAGAAUGUUUAUCAGUGGAUGGUCCCAUUUCUACAUCGCUGUGAAAAUCAGUCCCCUGGUCUUGCAAACACACUUUUUAGGGAGUAUUUAGUAAGCUUAGCAAAGGAAGACCUGAAAUUUCCUCUGAAGAUCUUUCAAAAUUCAAAACCAGAUUGUCAGCAAAAAAUAAUUCCUGAUCAGGACCAGCUGAUGAGUAUGGCACUGGAAUGUAUCUAUAGUUGCGACCGAGAUGACCAGCUCUCCCUUUGUUAUGAUAUUUUGGAAUGCCUUCCACAAAGAGGAUAUGGCCCGGAAACAGACAUAACUAAAACUCUUCAUGACAAGGUAGAUGAACUGGAACAAAUUCUCAGUGUAUCAGAAAUUUUGGAGAAGCAUGGACUUCAGAAACCUGUGUCAUUUGUAAAAGAUACGCAGAACAGCCCAGAGCAAGCAGAGAAGCUUAUGAUUAGGCUGACCAGGCACACAGGACGCAAGCAGCCACCAGUCAGUGAGAUGCACUGGAAAGGGUUACUUCAGGAUAUGUUGGAUAUGCAGCAGAAUGUCUACACGUGCUUAGAGCCAGACACUUGCUACGAGAUAUUUACAGAAAGCCUUCUGUGUUCAAGCCAUCUAGAAAAUAUACACCUAGCUGGGGAAAUGAUGCAUUGCAGUGUUUGGUCAGUGGAUCCACCAGUUGGUGUUGCGUCAAAAGGAAAACCACGGUAUAGAGUUAGCUAUGAGAAAAGCAUCAAACUGGUUUUGGCUGCUGGCAGAGAAUACUUCAAUUCUUCUACCAGUCUGACUGAUAGCUGCAUGGAUUUGGCCAGGUGCUGUUUACAACUUAUUGUUGACUGCCCCAGUGCUAUCCAAGAGGAGCUAGAUCUCAUUCGUGCUCUUAGCUAUCUUGAAGAAUUUGGUCUGACAAUCUUGCCAUUACAAGUGCGUUUAUGUUCUGAUCGACUCAGCCUCAUCAAGGACUGUAUUGCUCAGUUGCCCACAAACUACAAACAGUCUGCCAAGCUCCUGGGACUUGCAGAUUUACUGAGAGUUGCAGGAGAUGACCAGACCGAGAGAAAAGGCCAGGUUUUAAUCCUUUUAGUGGAACAAGCUCUCCAUUUCCAGGACUACAAAGCUGCUAGUAUGCACUGCCAAGAGCUUAUAGCCACAGGCUAUUCUAAAAGUUGGGAGGUAUGCAGCCAAUUAGGGCAAUCAGAAGGCUACCACGACCUGAGUACUCGGCAGGAGCUCAUGGCUUUUGCUCUGACACAUUGCCCUCCAGGUGCCAUAGAGUCACUGCUGGCAGCAAACAGUUCUUUGCAGACUCAGAUUCUUUAUCAAGCAGUGAAUUACCAGUUACGCCCUUCAGAAGGAGGGGAGAAUAUAAAUAUCCCAGGACCUUCUUCGCUGGUCACUGAGGAGACUCCUCAGGAAGAAAUCAGCAUUCCUUCUAGCCAGUCUGCUGACUUGUUGUAUUGGACCACCGCUAAAACCAUGAAAGUUCUGUCUAAUACAACUACAACGACAAAAGCCAUGCUGCAUGCAGUCAGUGAUGGACAAUGGUGGAAGAGGUCAUUAACUUAUCUUCGGCCAUUACAUGGCCAAGAAUUUGGAGAUGUAUUAAAAAGCAGUUCUGGAGCCAAUGCUGCAGUGGAAAAGCAGAGCUGUCAUCCCUUUUAUGAAUCUCUCAUUGUUGAUCCCUAUGUUGCAGAAUCUGAAGUAGCCUAUGCUGGAUUCCAACACAAUUCUUCAGAAAGUUUUGCAGAAGUAUUGCUGAGAACAGGAAAAAUUGCAGAAACUAAAAGUGAAGGAGAGGACCUAUUUCCAGCUACAGAAGUUCUGUUACAACUGGCUAGUGAUGCUUUACCAAAUGAUAUGACCUUAUCCCUUGCCUACCUACUUGCAUUACCACAGGUGGUAGAUGCCAACAAGUGCUUUGAAAAGCAAUCACAUUCUGCUUUAUCUCUCCAGCUGGCAAGUUAUUACUAUAGCCUGCAGAUCUAUGCUCAUUUGGCACCAUGUUUCAAGGACAAAUGCCAUCCCCUCUACAGGGCUGACCCAAAAGAGCUGAUUAAGAUGGUCACAAAGCACGUUUCUCAGUGUGGCUAUGAAGACUGGCCUGAAGAAAUAGCAGCUUUGAUUAAGCAGUUGUACUACUACAAUGAACGACUACUGGACUUCACUCAGGCUCAAAUCCUUCAAGGCCUUGGCAAAGGAGUGGAUGUGCAGAGGUUUACAGCAGAUGGCCAGUACAAGAGAGAAACUAUACUGGGGUUGGCGGAAACACUUGAAGAAAAUGUGUACAAGAUCGCUCUUUCCUUGGCUCAGCGUUACAGUGUUCCACUUUGGGAAGUUUAUAUGACACAUCUUGAGUUUCUGUUCACUGAUAGUGGCUUAUCUACUGGAGAAAUAGAAGACAGAGCACAAAGUCUUGGUCUCUUUGAGACUUUGAAAACCAACCCUGAAGCCCUAUAUCAACACAUGGCCAAAUAUGUUUACCCGGGUAUUGAAGGUAUAGAUCACCAGCGGUUGCUUUAUUAUUUUACUCUCCUUGAAAACUGCGGCUGUUCAGAAUUUGUAAAGCAUGCUAUCAAACCUGAAACUCACAUACGACUGCUGAAAAAAUUCAAGGCCGUUGCACCAGAUCUCAAUUACAAAAAACUAACAGAUGAAAAUGUGAGCCCUCUGGGAGUAUUGCAGCCCAUCCUUACAAGUCAGAACAUCUUAUCCAUUUCCAAACUCGCUCCCAAAAUCCCUGAGAAAGAUGGUAGUAUGCUCUCUCCAAGCUCUGUUUACACCAUCUGGUUACAAAAACUCUUCUGGAAUGGUGAUCACAAGCUCAUUAAAAAAGCACCAGAAACAAUACCAGAGUGGUUAAGUGCAUAUGAUACAUGUGCAAAGUACUUUGAUAGACUCUACCCAGGAGAUAUUGUCACUUUCAUUGAUGACAUUACCUUUUCUUCAAAGGCUGUCACCAAGCUGUCAGUAGAUGCCCGGCUAGAGAUGACUAAUAAGGCUAUUAAAGCAAUGCAACAGGCCAUUGAGAAACCAAGAAAAAAGAACUCUGAAGAUGGUAUGGACGAUGCUGGAAGCACGCCUGUCACUUAUGAGAAAGCUCUGAAUCAUCUGCAGCAGUCUCUUGCUCAUCUGGAAACGCUCAAUCAUAGGUUUAUCACUUAUCUGAAAAACAGUGACCAGGAAAUACUACAGAAGUAUGGCCACUUAUAUGAUUUAUCCAGGUCAGAGAAGGAAAAAAUCCAUGACCAGGCAGUAGCUAUGUGUAUAGAUGGUCAGCCUCUAGACAUGAUACAGCAGUUGAUGGAAGUGGCUGUCGGAGAUCUGGAAGUCUCCCCCAGAGAUAUAGUACAAUGCGCUAUAAACAAAAUUGUAUUUGCAUUAAGCGAUAAUGGUGCUGACUUUACUUUGAUAAAAGACCCGCUUCAGAUCCUAGAAGAGAUUGUUUCUGCAGUCCACGCAAGUGCUGAAAAGGGGGAGAAACUAGUUUCUUCAGAUGAUCUAUUGGAGUGGUUGAGACCUUUCUGUGGUGAUGAUUCCUUGCCAGUGAAGCCCCGCAUUAAGGUGCUGCAGAUUAUGGAGCAAGCAUUUCAUCUCAGUGAUGAGGAUAGCAGGCUACUUGUGUUCUUCAGAACUCAAGCUGUUCUCAAAGCCUGUUGGCCUGAGACAAAGGUAGAGAUCAUUGAUAUUGAAAAUGAAGAAAAAAGAUAUUCUCUCUUCCUGGAACUCCUGCACGCUAGUAACAGUCAGUCUGAGUUUCAGCACUUAGUUUUACUCCUGCAAGCUUGGCCACCUAUGAAAAAUGUAAGCAUCGCAUACACGAGUAAUAAUCCAUGGGUGAAACUAGGGACAGUCAUGCUAUCAAGAUGCCCAACUGGGCAAAAAGAGAAUAUGGGAAAUGAAAUUUUGAAGAUCUGUCGUUCUUUGUAUGAGACUAAGCACGUGCUGCCCGUAGAGUGUACAAAGGAAUUAUGUUUGCUGCUGCUUAACCAGUCCCUCCUGCUGCCAUCCCUGAAACUGCUAGUAGAAAGCAAAGACCAAGAUCUUCAUGCAUUGGCACUGGAGCAGAUAACAGCUGUUGCUAAGAUUGAUGAUUCCAGCUGCGAUUCUGAAAUUCUUUCCUUGCUCCUGAAUGCAAAAUUAGUGGUAAAGUGCAUAUCAACUGUGUUCUACCCUCCCCUUAUCAACCACUUACUGGCCAACCAGGAAGAGGGGCAUUGGGAUAUAGAGGAAAUAUCAAAACAACUGCAGGAAGCAGGCUUCAGUGCAGAGGCAGGGUCUCUUAUGAUGUGUUACAAAGGGACUCAUCCUGCCCUCAGAACCUACAGUACUGCCCUCAGUGCUAUUCAGCAUUGGAUCUGAGUGGCAAAACAAACUGAAUUUCUUUUGACAAAACAGCUGCCUGAAUAAUGUGUUUGUUUCAAUUGCCUGCUUUUCAGAUGGAGAUCUUCUACAUGAGAGACAAAUUGUUCUUCUAAUGAAGUGAUAUAUUUAGAGUUGAUCAUCACUACUUAUGAUUUGUGAAAAAUGCUAACAAUAUACAUACAUUUACAUACUUUCAGUUAUUUUGAAACUUUUUACCAGUUCUAAAAGUCUCUCUCUCUCAAUAUAGAUAUAGUAAAUCCGUCAAACUGGUAAAAACUUUCAAAUUGGGAAAAACAUUUGAAAUACAACCACAUUAAUAUGUAAAUUAUAAACUAGGAAAGUAACUUGUAAUGCUGCAGGGUUAUACAAUGUGUCACACAAUUCUUGUAAGUCAUUUACAUCCUGGUCACAAUGUAAAACAAUAGUUAUCAAUAAAGGUGUUUAGAACAAUGUGUCAUCGGCAUGAAGAGAAAUAACUAAUGAGAAGUUCUGAAAUCUUAAAAUUUGAUAUUUUUCAAUGUUGUUUUGGACAUCUUAUUAUAAUAGUUUUAUUUGCAAUAAGUGAAGUACUUUUCAUUUAUUAAACCUUUUCUUUUUUCCUCCUCCUUUUGACUGAACUGAGUAUUCUUCAGGGGGAAGCAAGCUGAUAAUUUUUUUCACACGUACUAUAGUUUGGUCUUUUUUACUCUCCAUCCAAUUUCAGAAAACUUGGCUCAGAUCUCCAGAAGAUUUUGUUCACUGUUUUGUCUUUCCUUCCUGAUGUCUUCUCCUAUUUGCUAUGGACAUGAAUAGCAGAUCCAUUUCAGUUUUGUUCAGUAAGGAAAAUGGUGCACAUGGAUUUAUUCUAUGUAGCCUGUUUUACCAGAAGCAUUUGGUGUUCAUAUGUGUUUAUAUGAUUAUGGCUUUGUGUUAAAAUUACCUUCUCAAUUUCACUCUUGCCUAGUUCUAUAUUGAGAUCAGUCUUCAAAGGAAUUUUACGAGAACCUGAAAAAAAAAUAACAUUUCUGUUUCAUUCUACAAAAAUGGAUAUUAAGACAAUAGUUUCUAAUCUUUAUUUAGGGCGGAUGUCCAGUGCAGGUACUCCAUAGGAAAGGUAUACAACCGGAUAAAUGGCUUAGAAAAGAACUUAAAAAGACGUGUUUGGUAAAGGAGCAAAUAGGGGGCGGUUGAGGACUCUUAUGAUUGGUGUGGCAAGGAGCCAACCCCCAUUAUUAUAGCCCACCUUGUUCCUCCUACGAGGGGAGGCAGUGGAUAAGGUAAAGUAAGGUCCUGGCAAUGGAUUUGCUGGAGGGACGUGGAUGGAAUAAAAGGGGGAGCUGGUAAAAAUCCCCAUGGUAAUUGUGGAAUAAACAUGGGGUUACCUGCACUGUACACUUUUAUCUGUCGGGUAGUCCCAGACAUCUAAUAAUAGUGUUGCAACUUGAUUAAAUCCAUGUCAAAUGUCUUCUGUCCUUCUUUAGUAUUGCCAGACAACCAUUGUUGGGUUAAUUUCCUAUAAGUAUCAUCUGUGGCUUUGAAUCAAUAUAUUAUUUUAUUUUACUUACACUUUGUCCUAAAAAAAAGUUGCUUGGAAUUCUUUAAGAAGACUGUAGCAAUGUAUUGAAUCCUUCAGGUGGUUUGUUCCUUUUUGGUUCACACCUUUUCAACAAUGUUUGAGGAAGGGACUUCCAGCUUCCUUCAUUCAUGACCAUCAUUUUCAUUCAUCAACCUCAGGGAUUAGAAUUGAGGUCUUUUUCAUUUAAGUUCUCCAAAUUAAUCUUUGCCGCAGGUUCCAAAUACUGUAUCUUAAAUAAAAUCAAAGCUCAUUGGCAUAGCACAGGAAAAAUCACAAACCCAAAGAUAAAUGGAAAUAAAUAAAUGCAUUGGAACACUGAACAAUGCUAUUAGCCAGACACACGGGUGGUUUUAUAAAGUAUUGAAAUAGCACAUACAGCAUGGCAUAAAAAUGCACAUCAUGUUUCUCAGCCUGUUAGCUCAGGAUCAUGUUUCCAGGGAGUCCAUGUGUUUGUGUCACUUCAGAGCUAGUGCAGUAGAUAAAACCCAGCAGUGUUAGCAGUUCAGAGAGCCACUGACAUCCUGGCAUUACAUCACACCAAACCUAACCCAGGAUAGAUAACAGUGGUUGGUAUCAGUUGGUAUGGUUCCUGUGUGGUUCUAGCCCAAAAACUUGCAGAGAUUAAACAAUUUUCAACAUCUCCAUCCAAAAUCACAUGCUUAGUCUUAAUUGUUCUCCAGUAACACUUUCCAAAUGACAUUAUCAACCACUUCUUGCUGGAUGAAAUAGAAGAGUUCGUUUUCCCCACCCUCAUCAAUAAACAGCUUAUGCUGACAGGAACUUGGAGAUGAUUAACUUUCUUUAAACAUUUUCUAAAAGACACAGUGAUGGGUUAUACUGGACAACUGGACAUAAUUUCUCACUAGGACCAAUAUGCAAUGAACUAUCAUAAUCUUCCUAAUGCAAAGUAGGCUGUGAAGCAGUGUAAGUGGUAUUUGUUUCAGAAAGACAAUUCGUGGUAGCUGCUUGUCUUUUGGGGCUGUAUUUCCCCCUCUUGACUCUCAGUGAAUUGUGUUUCUGACUUUAUCUGUCCUGCCAUAUGGACGUGGUCAGUCAGUUGGCUGUCAUACAGCAAUGACAUUAGAUCGAGGUAUUACAUGGUUGUAGGUGUCUCACCAGCCUGCAGCAAUGUAGCUUCCACCACAUGCAGGCAUCUGUUCAUUAAAAGCGAAGGCACAUUCUGAGUAUACGUGUAUCAAAAUGUGUGUUUGUGAAUUUCUUCCAUGAGAUUGAUUUCAGAUUUGAAGUUCUGACAAUUGUUAUUAAGAUAUGUUAGCAAAUGGGAUAACAAUGAGAGUUGUCCCAUAAGACUCUCUCAUCAUCUGUUACUUAUUAAGACAAUAAAAAGGUACUGAAGAGCUGAAUUGA